AUGCUUCAUGCGGUGUGGAUAUUCUUCCCUUUCUCGCCCAAAGGCGAAGGCAAGUUUUCCAUCCUCACGUUCUUCUUUUUCUCCUUCUUUUUCUCCUUCUUUGCUUUUCUUCUUUUUCUCCUUCUUUUUCUCCUUCUUUUUCUCCUUCUUUUUCUCCUUCUUUUUCUCCUUCUUUUUCUCCUUCUUUGCUUUUCUUCUUUUACUUCUUUUUCUCCUUCUUUUCUCCUUCUUUUUUCUCCUUCUUUUGCUUUUCUUCUUUUACUUUUUUCUCCUUCUUUUCUCCUUCUUUUCUCCUUCUUUGCUUUUCUUCUUUUACUUCUUUUUCUCCUUCUUUUUCUCCUUCUUUUUCUCCUUCUUUGCUUUUCUUCUUUUACUUCUUUUUCUCCUUCUUUUUCUCCUUCUUUUUCUCCUUCUUUGCUUUUCUUCUUUUACUUCUUUUUCUCCUUCUUUUUCUCCUUCUUUGCUUUUCUUCUUUUACUUCUUUUUCUCCUUCUUUUUCUCCUUCUUUGCUUUUCUUCUUUUACUUCUUCUUCUACUUCUUUUUUGCUACUAUUCUUUCUUCUUAUUCUUCUUUGUUCCUCUUUUUAUUUUAUUCUUUCUUUCUUUUACUUCUUCUUUACUACUCUUCUUUCUUCUUUUACUUAUUUGCUUCUGUUUUGUUUUCUUCUUCUUUGCUUCUCUGUUUUUCUUAUUUUUCUUUGCUUAACGUCUUUGUUUCUUCAUCCUCUUUCCUUCUCUUCUUUCUUUCUUCGUCUUCUUCUUCUUUUCUUAUUUUCUUCUUCUUUCUUUAUCUUCUUUCUUCUUCUUAUCCUUUUCUUUCUUACUUUUUCAUUAGUUCUCAUCUUUCUUUCUCCUUUUCUUCUUCUUCUUUUCUACUCUGUCUUUUUCUUCUUCUUCUUUGCUUCUCUUCUUUUUUCUUCUAAUUCGUUUUCGCUUCUCAUCUUUUUUCUCCUUUUUCUUCUUUUUUUCCUCCCUUCUUUCUUUUUUCUUAUUCUUCUUCGUCUUUCUUUCUCUUCUUUCUUUUUCUUCUUCUUCUUUGCUUCUUUUCUUUUUUCUUCUUCUUCGUGUUCGCUUCUCAUCUUUCUUUCUCCUUUUUCUUCUUCUUUUCCUCUUUUCUUUCUUUUUUCUUAUCCUUCGUCUUUGUUUCUCUUUUUUCUUUUUUUCUUUGUUUCUCUUCUUCUUCUUCUUCUAACUUUCAAAGAAAUUUAA